AUGACGGAUUUUGACAAGGAUGGCACCGCCAUCUACAAGCGGCAAAGCAGAAGUCAAACAGUCACUCUCAAAGCCGGGAGCCCACAGAACAUAUCUGUUCCCGGCUUUGAGAGUCAAACAGUCACUCUCAAAGCCGGGAGCCCCCAGAACAUAUCUGUUCCCGGCUUUGAGAGUCAAACAGUCACUCUCAAAUCCGGGAGCCCCCAGAACAUAUCUGUUCCCGGCUUUGAGAGUAAAACAGUCACUCUCAAAGCCGGGAGCCCCCAGAACAUAUCUGUUCCCGGCUUUGAGAGUCAAACAGUCACUCUCAAAGCCGGGAGCCCACAGAACAAAUCUGUUCCUGGCUUUGAGAGUCAAACAGUCACUCUCAAAGCCGGGAGCCCCCAGAACAUAUCUGUUCCCGGCUUUGAGAGUCAAACAGUCACUCUCAAAGCCGGGAGCCCCCAGAACAUAUCUGUUCCCGGCUUUGAGAGUCAAACAGCGACUCUCAAAGUCGGGAGCCCACAGAACAAAUCUGUUCCUGGCUUUGAGAGUCAAACAGUCACUCUCAAAGCCGGGAGCCCCCAGAACAUAUCUGUUCCCGGCUUUGAGAGUCAAACACCAAUCAGAACGCCAGACGACGGUGGCGCUGGUGUAUCUCGGCGCGAGAUCUGGGCACGGGCGGUCGACCGGUGCCACGAGAUGGCGACACGUCCCCCGCGAAAGAGCUCGAUGCUCCGCCUCCUCGGCGGCGCGGGCAGCCAGGCAAGCCGUCUGGUCUGA